AAUAGCUCUUCAUAUUCCCCAAACCUUCUAAAACAAGUAUUAGAUGUAUAUAAAAUAGAAAUAACAAAAGGAAACAAAAAAGACCAAAUAAUAAUAAUAAUACCAUGGAUGUUUUCACCGAGAAGCAAGAGGCUUUGGUGAAUAGUUCAUGGGAAGCAUUCAAGAAAAACAUUCCUCACCUUAGCAUUCUGUUCUAUACCUUGAUAUUGGAGAAAGUACCAGAAUCAAAGGAAAUGUUCUCAUUUUUAAAAGACUUUGAUGGAAUACCACAUAACAAUACAAUUCUUGAGGCGCAUGCUGAAAUGAUUUUUGACAUGACACGUGAUGCAGCUGUUCAGCUCCGAUCAAAAGGAAAGAUAGAUUUGGCCGAUGAUGUUACAUUAGAAUAUUUAGGCUCUGUCCACGUUCAAAAAGGAGUAAUUGAUCAUCAUUUUUUGGUAUUUAAAGAAGCAAUGUUGAAAACAAUAAAGAAAGCAAUGGAUGAUAAAUGGAGUGAGGAAUUGAGUUGUGCUUGGAGUAUACCAUAUGAUGAAUUGGCAGCUUCAAUUAAGAAGGCAAUGGGAUGGUGAAGUUGGAAACCAAUCAUAAACAAGUUUAUAAUAUGUGAUUUUGAUUUCACUAAAACUUGUUAAUAUAAAACAAGUUUCUUUUACAAAUGUCAAUUAAAAAUAAGUUAGUCACGGGCAACCUUGAAUUA